CUGCGUGUGAAUGAAGCGGGAAAGCUUUCCUACCUUGACAGUCUCGUGUAUACCCCGUCCCUUAUUCUAUGGAGGGGGGACGGGGACGAAACUGAGGCGCUAAAAGCAGAGGAGUUCCAGCAAAUAUGCUACAAAUAAUGGUCAGAGCUUGUUUGGAAAGUCAGUGGAGGCCGGCUUAUUCCCAAAUACACAGAUGCUUACUGCAAAAGCACAUUAAAAACUGGCACAGGAGCCUUAGCAUAACAAACAUACAAUGUUCAAAACUGCAGAAAAUCUGUAAAGGAAAUAUAUCUGAGAAGAAGCUGAGUCGUUAUUUCGUCGAUCACCGAAAGGUACGGGUGAUCGGAGGGAAAGGAGGAGAUGGCAUUGCCUGUUUUCUCAGUGAACCUAGAAAAGAAUUUGGAGGUCCCAAUGGUGGAGAUGGAGGAGAUGGGGGACACGUUAUAUUUAAAGGGGAUCGGCAAGUCAAAUCCUUGGCUUGCCUCUACCCAUUUUAUAGAGGCUUCAGUGGGGAAAAGGGGGGAAGCAAAAACUGCUAUGGAUCAGCUGGCAGGCACCUGUAUAUUAAGGUGCCUCUUGGUACCAUAAUUAAGGAAGGCCCCAACGUCGUAGCGGACCUCAACCAUCACGGGGAAGAAUACGUUGCAGCCUAUGGUGGAACCGGGGGCAAGGGCAACCGUUUCUUUCUGGCGAAUGACAAUCGAGCACCAACAACUGUCACUUUAGGAGAUCUGGGUCAAGAAAGAUUCCUUCACUUGGAGCUCAAAACUGUGGCCCAUGCAGGGAUGAUAGGAUUCCCCAAUGCUGGGAAAUCUUCCCUCUUGCGAGCAAUCUCCAGGGCAAAACCCGCUGUGGCUCCCUACCCAUUCACAACCCUGAAUCCUCACGUAGGCAUUGUUCACUACGAAGACUACGAGCAGAUUGCAGUUGUAGAUAUCCCUGGAAUAAUAAAAGGAGCCCACGAAGACCGAGGACUUGGCCUGGCCUUUCUGAGACAUAUCGAACGCUGCUGUUUCCUUCUCUUCGUGUUGGAUCUCUCUGUGGCUGAGCCCUGGGCUCAUUUGGAAGCCUUGAAGUAUGAACUGGAACAGUAUAAAGUUGGCUUGUCAAAGGUUCCUCAUGCCAUUGUUGCAAAUAAGUUGGAUCUCCCAGAAUCCAAGAACCAUUUGCCUCUCCUCAAGGAGAAAGUGAAGGAGAGGGUCAUACCACUCUCUGCUCUGACAGGAGAAAAUCUGGAGGAACUGUUGGUGCAUCUGAGAGAACUCUAUGAUGAUUAUCUGAAAACAGAAAAAGAACAGGCUCGCAAGCCAUUGAAAUGGUAGUUGGUAACAGAACUCUUCCAUUGUCGUUUUGAGAUAGGAAGGACAUUUGGAGUUUUGGGCGUGGACAAGAGGGCCAGUCUCUAGAA